CUGGCAGGAGCCGCCGGAGCGACCGCGGCCAUCUACAUCACACUGGUCCGCACGGGCAAGGCCGACAUCGAGAUGGCGUGCAACGGCGCGCUGGCGGGACUCGUUGGCAUAACGGCAGGCUGCGCGUACGUCGAUACCUGGGCAGCGGUGGUCAUCGGCCUGAUUGCGGGCGGCAUCAUGAUCGCCGGAGUCUCGUUCAUUAAGAACGUGGUCAAGGUUGACGAUCCUGUGGGCGCUGUUGCGGUACACGGCAUAUGCGGAGCCUGGGGCGUCUUGGCUGUAGGCAUCUUCGCAUCCGGCCACAACGGCGUUGAGGGCCUGAUCGCGGGCAACGUCGGUCAGCUGGGACCGCAGAUUGUUGGAAUCAUCGUAGCCAUGGCCUGGGGUCUGGGCAUCGGACUCAUUCUCUUCAAGGCCAUAGACCUCACAAUGGGUCUCAGGGCCUCCGAUGACGAGGAGGAGGGUGGUCUCGACGAGUCGGAGCACGGCGCGACGGCAUACCCGGAAUUGGCCAACUAA